AGAAGUCACUACCAGAAAUAUCUGCGUGUUAGUUCUCCACCGUGGAUCCGCUGGAAGAGUCUUAACUCCGACCACCGUCUUCUCGUCCCCGUAAUCGUUCAACUUAUCGCGGUCUGAUUCACUUGAAGAGCGGAGGGACCGGACUUAUAUGUCCGGGAUGUGUUCCGUCUUACGAUGUGACUCGUCGCGUCGCAGUGCGCAACGGUUCAAGUUACCGGAGGAUGCGGAGAAGAGACUCGAGUGGGUCCAGUUUGUUCUGGAAGUCAACGGACAACGACUCAAAGAGUCGUGCUGGACCGAGAUCUCCAUAUGUACAGAACACUUCACAGAGGACUGCUUCGGUAACACGGGUCCGACUGGCACGGCUCAGCUGAAGCCCGGUGCGGUGCCAUCACUGUUUAUCAAGUCAGAGCCAGACCAACCUGAGCCAGACCAGCUGGGGGUGGAGCCAGACCAGGUGGGGGUGGAGUCAUACCAGGUGGGGGUGGAGCCAGACCAGGUGAAGGUGGACCCGGACCAACCUGAGCCAGACCAGGUGAAGGUGGACCCGGACCAGGUGAAGGUGGACCCGGACCAACCUGAGCCAGACCAGGUGGGGGUGGAGCCAGACCAGGUGGGGGUGGAGCCAGAUCAGGUGGAAGUGGAGCUAGACCAGGUGAGGGUGGAGCCAGACCAACCUGUGCCAGACCAGGUGAAGGUGGACCCGGACCAACCUGAGCCAGACCAGGUGAGGACGGAGCCAGACCAACCGGAGCCAGACGAGGAACCUGUGGAAAUCCAAGAUUCUUCCUCUCAGUGUGAGCAACUUGAAACAUGUGAAAGUCCAUCUUACUGUUCUGAAGAAUCAAUAUUAUCAAACCACACUUCUCCCAUCGGUGCCCCAGUAAGCCCAGAGCCAAGUGAUAGCUCUGAUGAGGAUUAUGGUCAGAUGGUGCAAAAGAUUGCGAAUAUUGAUAUUAUCAAGGAAAAAGUUGAGCUUCUUCGGAUAAAGGGGAAUUAUGUUGUGAAUGAAGACCGGAUCCUCCAGUUGUUUAGCAGCAAGUGCCCUUUGUGUGGUUCUACAGUAAAGCUGGAGAAGGUGACCCAUGGCAUACUCAUGGUCGUGAACCAGCAGUGUCUUCAGUGUGAUUACAGAAACCGGUGGAAAAACCAGGCUCCGUCUGAGGAGAGCGAUCCUGUGGAGGAAAUGGGGGAAUCGAGUGAUCAGGGUGACAUGGAUUCAGAUGAGGAUUGGAGGCCAACAGAGGAGCUUUUUCUGGCCAACACGCUUCAGACUGAUUCUGAUGAGGAUGCCGAACUAGAGGAGGAAGAAGAGCUCGAUCAGUCUGUAUUCUCUACCAACCACAGUCAGCUCUGCACAGAGUGCGGGAAGUUUUUCAGGAAACGUUUGUCCCACACAUGUGAGCACAAAACAAAGCCCUAUUCCUGCAAUAUUUGUGGAAAGAGAUGCGUUAGUGAGAUCUAUCUAAAUUUACACAGCAGAAUCCACGAUGAAAACUAUGAGCACCGGUGCAAAUACUGCAACGCUACAUUCAAAACAAGGGGGGACAAAUUUAAACAUGAGCAGAUCCAUCAAGAUAGAAAAGAUCCCUAUAAAUGUCCUGACUGUCCACAGACGUUCACCACCAAUAAAGAGCGCCAUGUCCACCUGUCAGAGCACAAAGUAGAGAUGGGGUUCAAAUGUGGAGUUUGUGGGCUUGAAUUUAAAGAAAGAAAUCAUCUUCGGAGACACUCUGUUGUGCACUCAGGAUUGAAGCCGCACAAAUGUUCUGUGUGCCAACGUAGCUUCAACCAGCCUAGCCACCUCAAAUCCCACAUGCGUCUGCACACAGGGGAGAGGCCUUACAAGUGUCGGCACUGUGACAAAGGCUUCAAUCACAACGUGAGCUUGAAGAGUCACGUCCAGCGUUACCACACAUCCAGGUCGGGACAGAAGAAGGGGAAGGUCAAUGAAAGGGCAAGCAACACUGGUGAUGCACAGGAAACUGUGAGUAAGAGAGGCCCAGACUCUGAGACUGACAAUGUAGAAGAAGAAGGAGACACAGAAGAGGACGUGCAGAAGGAGAAAAAAGAUCAGCCUAAAAGGAGGUGGAGGAGCUCAGGGAGACCCAAAGGAAGGCCUAAGAGGAACACGGCUGCUAACUCGGUUCCGUCAGGGCAAAACAAAGACGGGCGCUCGAACGUUAAGACCUCGAAAUCAAAGGUGAAGAAGUUGAAGAAAACAGGUUCCAGUGAUGAGGAAAGUGAGUGUGAGCAGUCAGACGGCAACAUGUCUUUUAACUCAGAGGAGGAAGAGGAAGAAGAGACAAAAAGGAAGACAGGGAGAUCAAGAAAAAGACCAAACAACUACAGUGACAGUUCUUUUCACCCAGAAGGAGAAAAAGAGAAGAAAAUGAAGUACAGCAGCCAGAACAAUGGUAAGAGCAGGAGGGGACGAAGAAAGACUGCAGUCAUCUGUGCGCAACGGUUCAAGUUACCGGAGGAUGCGGAGAAGAGACUCGAGUGGGUCCAGUUUGUUCUGGAAGUCAACGGACAACGACUCAAAGAGUCGUGCUGGACCGAGAUCUCCAUAUGUACAGAACACUUCACAGAGGACUGCUUCGGUAACACGGGUCCGACUGGCACGGCUCAGCUGAAGCCCGGUGCGGUGCCAUCACUGUUUAUCAAGUCAGAGCCAGACCAACCUGAGCCAGACCAGGUGGGGGUGGAGCCAGACCAGGUGGGGGUGGAGCCAGACCAGGUGGGGGUGGAGCCCGGGUCUGUGGUGAGUCUGCAGGUGAGACUGCAGCUUGUGGCGGCUGUGGACGUUUCUGCAGUCUGUGCGCUACACUUCCCCAAGAGUCCGACCGCCGCUACAGCCCGAGGGAGUCGGGACCGGACUCACAUCUCCGGGAUGUGUUCCGUCUUACGAUGUGACUCGUCGCGUCGCAGUGCGCAACGGUUCAAGUUACCGGAGGAUGCGGAGAAGAGACUCGAGUGGGUCCAGUUUGUUCUGGAAGUCAACGGACAACGACUCAGAGAGUCGUGCUGGACCGAGAUCUCCAUAUGUACAGAACACUUCACAGAGGACUGCUUCGGUAACACGGGUCCGACCGGCGCGGCUCAGCUGCAGCCCGGUGCGGUGCCAUCACUGUGGGCGAGGUCAGCGGCGGAGAGCCCGCGGUCCGUGGAGCCCGUAGGAACCACAGAGGUCGUUUGGGAUGACCUCGAAACAUGUAACAGUCCAACUUCCUCCUCCACACACACUUUAACGGAAAGUCCAGUGUCAAGUGGUGUCUCUGUGUCGGGUUCCCUUGAUGUUUCAGAUGCCGUCACCACUGGAUGUGGACAUAAAGAACAAAUGGGUUUGAACACAGAUUUGAAUAUAGAAAAAGCUGCACUUCUAAACAUAGAAGGGAAAUAUGUUGUGAACGAAAGAUGCCUGCUCCAGUUGUUUCACCGUAAAUGUCCGUCGUGCGGCUGUGAACUUCACAUGGAGAAGGUCGCCUGUGGGGCGUUGACCGUCUUUGACCAGCAGUGUCGUCGGUGUGAGUACAGGAACGAGUGGAAAAGCCAAGUCAAUGCCAGUGUCCCAGCAGCUGAAUUAGUGCCUCCACAGCCGCAAAACGCAAUGCCGACAGAUGACAACCUCAGCAGUGCAGUUUUCUCUGAGAUAGAUACUUUCAACGAUGAAGAAAGCCAUCCCUCGGAGGAAGGAGCAGAAGGUGAUGAAGGUGGGGUGAGUUCAGACGGGGAGUGGGAGCCAACAGAGGAUUUUUCGCUGACUGAGGCGCUCACAAAGGAAUCCGAGGAGGAAACCGAAGAUGAAGGCGAAGAUAUUAAUUCCCCGGUUGGCCUCAAAAUUAACGAACUCUGCACAGAUUGUGGGAAGCUCUACAACAUCCUGAAGCCUCACACAUGCGAGCACAAAAUUAAGCCGUAUGCCUGCAAUGUCUGUGGCAAAAGAUGUGUAAAUGAAACCUCUCUAAAAACUCACAGUAAAAUCCACAAUGAAACCUUCGAAAUUCCUUGUAAAUACUGUUACGCUCCAUUCAAAACAAAGGUGGACAAAGUUAAACAUGAGCAGAUCCACGAAGAUAGAAAAGAUCCCUAUAAAUGUCCUGACUGUCCGCAGACGUUCGCCACCAGUAAAGCGCGCAGCGUCCACCUGUCAAACCACAGAGCGCCACGGGAGUUCAAAUGUGGAGUGUGUGAGUUUGAAUUCAAAGAUAUACAUCAUCUUCGGAGACACUCUGUUGUGCACACAGGAUUGAAGCCGUACAAAUGUUCUGUGUGCCAACGUGACUUCAACCAGUCUAGCCACCUCAAAUCCCACAUGCGUCUGCACACAGGGGAGAGGCCUUACAAGUGUCGGCACUGUGACAAAGGCUUCAAUCACAACGUGAGCUUGAAGAGUCACGUCCAGCGUUACCACACAUCCAGGUCGGGACAGAAGAAGGGGAAGGUCAAUGAAAGGGCAAGCAACACUGGUGAUGCACAGGAAACUGUGAGUAAGAGAGGCCCAGACUCUGAGACUGACAAUGUAGAAGAAGAAGGAGACACAGAAGAGGAGGUGCAGAAGGAGAAAAAAGAUCAGCCUAAAAGGAGGUGGAGGAGCUCAGGGAGACCCAAAGGAAGGCCUAAGAGGAACACGGCUGCUAACUCGGUUCCGUCAGGGCAAAACAAAGACGGGCGUUCGAACGUUAAGACCUCGAAAUCAAAGGUGAAGAAGUUGAAGAAAACAGGUUCCAGUGAUGAGGAAAGUGAGUGUGAGCAGUCAGACGGCAACAUGUCUUUUAACUCAGAGGAGGAAGAGGAAGAAGAGACAAAAAGGAAGACAGGGAGAUCAAGAAAAAGACCAAACAACUACAGUGACAGUUCUUUUCACCCAGAAGGAGAAAAAGAGAAGAAAAUGAAGUACAGCAGCCAGAACAAUGGUCAGAGCAGGAGGGGACGAAGAAAGACUGCAGUCAUCUGAAAUAUCUCAAAAAUAAAGAGAAGUAGAGAAUCAAUUUAAUGUGACCAAUUUUGAAAUUAAAGGAGCCGGAGGGAUGGGGGGCCAUACAGAACUUGAUUGAUAUCUGGUAAAACACAGACGAGAAUCAUUGAUUCACAACGCAACAACUCUUAAUUUAUUAUGUGUUACGAAAAUACUUUCAGAGGCGCCAAGAAAGCUGUUAAAAAAAAGAAAAUCUGAGUUAGAUUAAAAACCAUAAUGUAGGAAAGAUGGGUGUUGUUGUUAUCUAAAAACGUUAUUGUACAUUGUAAUAAUAAUGAUGUCAGUUUCCAACAAAAAAUAUGUUCUUACAGUUAAAAAUCUGGACAUUGUAGUACAGUUUCUAUCUUUUUAUGUCUAUCAAGCUGCAGCAUUAUAUGUAACUUCUGUCAUUUUUUUUUACAAAAUUACCUUUGGAUUGGUAGAGACUCAUAUAAGUUUGUCUCCAGAAUCAACUUGCAGAGGCUGGAAACGUGUCAUAGAUGCAGCAGUCGAUCCAUCACGGUGAAGCAAAGUAGGCCAUUGUUCUGUUGUGGUCUGAAAGUCAUAUCGAUGGGGCUCACCCUCUUGCACAGCUCAGGGACAUUCUGACACGAGAGUUCACAUUGUGUUGUUUAACAGCAACAUUUUAACGCAGCAAACGACUCAACUCUAUGUUAUGCUCUUAUGAUGCCAGCGCUUGUUUUCAGUUUUUGUCUUCUGGGUGUGAUUUCCCUGACAACAUAGGUCACCCAUGCUUUUUUUCUUUUUCUCUUUUUUUGGACUGAUUUCAAAACUCAGAGCUUCCCUGAAUGCACCACUGGGAUUUGCGACAGUAUUAAAUGAGAGGGUAAACUAAUUCACAAGUGAAUAAAUCCAUAAAAAGCUGGAGGGUUCUUCACUGUUUUUAAUCUUCUCACCACAAGACUGUUGCCAGUAUGUUGGGCAUAUGCAGUUUGUAUGAAUCAUGCUGGUGUGGGCCUUCAAGGGUUUGCAGAUUUUUACAUGUAAAAAUAAAUGUGUGUCUGACUUGUC